AGGAAGAAGAAAGGUGGGAGAGGACCCGGAUGCUCACCGGCUCGGGGUGACUGGCGGCCGGGUGCUGGGACGCGGGGGAAGCCGAGGGCCACCGUUGCAGUGCAGGGAGGAAGCCCGCCUGCGAGCUUUUUACACCAACGCCGCUUGGAGCCCUUUUUCUCUCAGAGCCGUCAUUCGUGAAAGGUUCUUGCUGUGCGCACCACAACUGCGCUCCUCUCCUCGGUGGCCUGUAUCUGUUCAGCUCAAUCCAGAGCCUGCCUAUUAAAAAAAAAAAAAAAAAAAGAGAAAUAUUUUGCAUGAAACUUCAAUAUUUGUAUGCGUGUUGAUGUGCUGAUUUCAUCCUCGCGAGUGUUAGGAGAAGCGUUCAUUCAGUCCUCAUGCGGAAAGACGGUAUGGACCUUGUGCAACUUCCUGAACCCAAGUCUGGUCAGACAAAGUGAAGAGUGAUAGGAAGAAGUGAAUUAGAGCUUUGGCUUAGGGAGAUGUAGAUAAUGCUUUCCUGAGGGAGUGACGAGAGGGCUUGGCUCAAGAAGCCGGCAGGAAGACUAAGGGAAGAGCCUAAAAGAAAAGACAGCUCAGAGAGAAUGUGUUGAAGACACAUUUCAAGUACGAAGAACUGAGGCCCAGAGAGGUCAACUUUGAAAUUUAUAAAACAUGGAGAAGACUCAAGAGAAAGCUGAAAGAAUUCUUCUAGAACCCUAUAGGUACUUACUCCAAUUACCAGGUAAACAGGUGAGAACCAAACUUUCACAGGCAUUUAAUCACUGGCUGAAAGUUCCAGAAGACAAACUACAGAUUAUCAUUGAAGUGACUGAAAUGUUGCAUAAUGCCAGCUUACUCAUAGAUGAUAUUGAAGACAGUUCAAAGCUCCGACGUGGCUUUCCAGUAGCACACAGCAUCUAUGGAAUCCCAUCCGUCAUUAACUCUGCCAAUUAUGUCUAUUUCCUUGGCCUAGAGAAAGUCUUAACACUUGAUCAUCCAGAUGCAGUGAAGCUUUUUACACGCCAGCUUUUGGAACUCCAUAGGGGACAAGGCCUAGAUAUUUACUGGAGGGACACCUACACUUGUCCCACUGAGGAAGAAUAUAAAGCCAUGGUGUUGCAGAAGACAGGUGGAUUGUUUGGAUUAGCAGUAGGUCUCAUGCAGCUGUUCUCUGAUUACAAAGAAGAUCUAAAGCCCCUGCUCGACACACUUGGGCUCUUUUUCCAGAUUAGAGAUGAUUAUGCUAAUCUACAUUCCAAAGAAUACAGUGAAAACAAAAGUUUCUGUGAAGACCUGACAGAAGGAAAGUUCUCAUUCCCCACUAUUCAUGCCAUUUGGUCAAGGCCAGAAAGCACCCAGGUACAAAACAUCCUGCGCCAGAGAACAGAAAAUAUAGACAUUAAAAAGUACUGUGUGCAGUACCUGGAGGACGUAGGUUCUUUUGAAUAUACCCGACAUACUCUCAGAGAGCUUGAAGCUAAAGCCUACAAACAAAUUGAGGCCUGUGGCGGGAACCCUGCACUAGUGGCUUUAAUCGAGCAUUUAAGUAAGAUGUUCACAGAAGAAAAUGAAUAAUGUUAGCCGUUCUUGAUUAGACUCGAUAGCUUAUUUCAGUUGAAAAUGAGGAGUGGCUUCUUCCUAUUUAUCUUUUUAAGUACUAGACUCCAAAAACUGAGUAAAUGAGGCUGAUGUGUA